CUCCACCCCUCCCCUGGAAGUGAAAUUUGCCCCCCUGUGCUGCAGUUCUCUACAGUCUUUCCUCUGAAGUCAUGGUCACUCCUACAGCAGCGUGUUCCCUCAGGUAGCAGUGCGCCCUGCGUCCUGCUCUUCACUCUCAGCUUUAUCGAACACAGCAGCGGAUCGACACAGGCUUUGAAUACAGCUUUUCAAAUACAGAUUCAGCUCGAAAUGCUAUUUUUUGUGGAUAUUUUCCCCCUGCAUGAUUGAGACCUGCAAAAAAAGUUGGCACUUGCCGGAGACUCCGUGCGUAAAGGGACCGGGUCUGAAUCAUGCAUUGCGCAGAAUCUCUGCUCACUUAAUUUACAGGAGAGAGGAGCAUCUCCAUCUCACAGGAUGCGAGUGGGGCGCUGAAUGUUGUCGCGUGGUUUUAGGGCACCGAACUUGCGCAAAGAGCCUGAUUCUGCACAAGUAUUGAUCGUCUGUGGAGAGUCAGUGAUUUGACACCAUGGCAGCACUACGGAGGAAAUUUGGCGAGGACUACCAGGUGGUGAACACCAACCGGAGCAUGACUUUUUCUGCGCCGGUGAAGAGGAAGAGGCAGCGGUUUGUGGAGAAGAACGGCCGCUGCAACGUCCAGCACGGUAACCUUGGCGGGGAGACGAGCAGGUACAUCUCCGAUCUGUUCACCACGCUGGUGGACCUCAAGUGGCGAUGGAACCUGCUCAUCUUCAUCCUCACUUACACAGUCGCGUGGCUGGUCAUGGCUUCCAUGUGGUGGGUGAUCGCCUACAUCCGCGGCGACCUGAGCCACGGCGGCCACGACUCGUCCUACACCCCGUGCGUCGCCAACGUGUACAACUUUCCCUCCGCGUUCCUGUUUUUCAUCGAGACAGAGGCGACCAUCGGCUACGGAACCCGCUACAUCACGGAGAAGUGUCCCGAGGGCAUCAUCCUGUUCCUCUUCCAGUCGCUGCUGGGCUCCAUCGUGGACGCCUUCCUCAUCGGCUGCAUGUUCAUCAAGAUGUCGCAGCCCAAGAAGCGCGCCGAGACGCUCAUGUUCAGCCAGGACGCGGUCAUCUCGCAGCGGGACGGAAAGUUGUGCCUCAUGUUCCGAGUGGGGAACCUGCGCAACAGCCACAUGGUGUCCGCGCAGAUCAGGUGCAAACUCAUCAAGUCCCGGCAGACUCCAGAGGGAGAGUUCCUGCCCCUGGACCAGUGUGAGCUGGACGUAGGCUUUGGGACGGGGGCGGACCAGCUCUUCUUGGUGUCGCCUCUAACCAUCUGCCACGAGAUCAACACCAACAGCCCGUUCUUCGAUCUGUCGCAGCGCUCGCUCAUGAACGAGCAGUUUGAGAUUGUUGUUAUUCUGGAGGGCAUCGUGGAGACCACAGGUAUGACAUGCCAGGCAAGGACAUCUUACACUGAGGAUGAAGUCUUGUGGGGUCAUCGCUUCCUCCCCGUCAUGUCACUGGAAGAGGGCUUCUUCAGAGUCGACUACUCCCAGUUCCACAACACCUUUGAGGUCCCUACUCCUCCCCAUAGCGUCAAAGAGCAAGAGGAGAAGUCCUCAUUGACAUCGCCCAACCCUCUACCUGUUGCACCCACUCCUUCCUCGCCUUUGCUUGGCAACGGUGGCCGAGGAGGCCGCAGGGAAAGACUCCUGUCAGCUGACUAUGCAGACCACGUGGAGGACCAAGCCUCCAGGCUGCCCAGCAAACUCCAGCGCAUGAGCUCCACCAAGGAGGAGCUGCUCUGGAAGGGGCUGAAGACAGGGCCAGCGUUGCCUGGAGGGAAAGCCUCCAGCACGGGGGACCUGCCCCUUAGUAUUCAGAGGCUGAGGUCCAGCUCCAUCCCAGCUGUGAGGCAUGGACAGCCAGAGGAGCAGGUCCAGCUGUUGUCCCUGGAUGGAGAAGCAGAGGAGAGCGAGCUGGAAAAACAUAGACAGCCAGCAGCCAUUAGCACCAUUGCUGCUCCAACAUUUCAGAUCCCCUCGGUGGGGAGUCGGCCAGAGGACAACCUGCCUCCCAAGCUGCGCAGAAUGAAUGCUGACCGCUGAUUUCUGCAGUCGAAGCCACAUUUAAGACAGAAAACACUUUGAAAACUGAAUCAGGCUUGAUGGGCAUUGCAUAUAAAUAAAGACAACUGUGAUAUAAGCUUUUUUUUCCCUGCAGGUUUUGUCCAGUAUUUUACUUUUACUUAUGGGCUCUCUACUUUGUUGUCCAUUGCCACAAAUAGAAGGACAACUACCAAUAAGCCAUCCAUCCGCUCAUACUGUGAGUCAGUUUUGAUAGAUCACCAUCUGUGCCCCCCCACUGACUUCUAACACUUCUGUCCUUGUGCUUGUUUCUUUCAUUUCUGUUCAGAGUCACAUCAAAGACUUUCUAAUUGUCUCAAACUAUUGUACAAGUUUCUCAGUUGAUCAAGCACCAAAGUGGCAGUUAUAAACAAGACUGACCUGCACUGACCGUCUGCUAAACCUCACCUCUCUCUCUCUCUCUCUCUCUCUCUCUCUCUCCGAGAACAGUUAUUGUCCAGUCCCUGCUUUAGCAAAGAUAACCAUGCAUGGAAAGCCUGUCUAGCUUUGGACUUGUCCACACACUAAAGUGCAGUAAAGAGUGUUCAGGGUGGUGACUUUCUUUAGCUUUCCAAAAGGAAAAAACAUUAUGAAAAGUGUAAGAAAAAGAUGGAGAAGUUUGUUCAGCUGCUUGAAUGUAAGUCACAAUUGGUAGCAAGUGCAGCUAACAAACUAAAUACCAACAGCAAGAGCUUCAUGUUCCAUAGGCUGAUACAAAGGACAACAUCACGAACUAGUUUUACAGCCCCAUUCAGGACUAACACGUACUGUUUCUGUACAAUCCACAGUUCUAUCUACUCAUCCGCCACUGUUACCUGAGAUAGUGUUAGCAGAAAAAAGGCCAGUAGGCAUCCAAAAAGUAAUUCUUCUUAUAACGGUAAAGAUGGAGUAUGAGGUUCUAAUCCACCACAGGUCUGGACAAAUUCAGCAAAACAUUCUUCACAAUAUGCUGCCUGUCCCUUCUGUGUGCACUGAAAAUAAUCAAAUGCAUUGAAAGCACUGGCUCAGUAAAUGGGAAACAAAUAGAGUGGCCUCUAUGGAUCCAUACAACACUAUUCUGGCAUUAUGUGCACGUUUAUGCUUGAGUAUAUAAAAUCUAACAAAUGCUAUAAUUAUCUACAGUCUUUCUCCAGGACUAACAUACUAGAUAAAAAAAAAUACAGACAGGGUAUAGAACAAAGUAAUAGAAUCAUCUAAUGUUUUUCUUUCGCACACUCUCUAGCUCUGCUCUGCCAUACAAGAAAAACACAGUUCAUGGUCUCCACAUCUCUGUGCUGACUUUAUAAUCAAGCAGUGGAGGCGCAUGUGGUUCUAGUUCUACUACAAUGGGUACAUGUCACAUUGUCCUGCAGAACAGAAAAACAAACAGGGUGCCUGUGGAUGUUUCUGUAUGAAUCAUAAGCAAAAGCAUAACUAAAAAGUCAAAAAAGUGUGGGAAAAAAAAGGAAGAACAAAAUAAUAAUACUUGAGAAAACUGUAUUUACUAGAUUAUCUACCAUGAGCUGGAAAAAGAGGAAAAUUCUAAGUAAUUUUACUUAGAAAAACUUGGACCGUAAUGGAAAGAAAUGGCAGCAAGCAUUGUGAUUAUAGUACACUGUAUACCAGCAGAUAAACCCAAUGUGAUGAAGCCCAUUACUUCACACUUUCUACAGGAUACAGCAGCUACGUACGGACUGAGCUGCAGGAUUGUAUCGGUGAUUAUUCCUGAGGUGUGCCAAACCCAGUGGGCGGACAUAGCGCUGGGUUUAUGGAGGAUCUGGAACUUCCCACUGUGUUUGGGCACUGUCAAUGGAAAGCAUGUGGCUACAAAUCAAAGCACAUCCCAAUUCCAGCACGACUGCUUUGAUUACAACUCCUUUAACGAUGAGAUAUAAAGGUGUGGAUGACGCCCACGUACAGUCUCUCCUUGAAAUAAGCAUUUGUUUUGAGCAUCAUUCGUUUUCUUGGCACGUGUACAGUCGAACAUGUGUGCAGUCUUAGGCAGAUUAUUGAAAUUUACACCAGACUCUUGUGGACACUCAGAUACGAAAAGCAUUUCCAUCCCAUACAUGUAGUAUCCUAUAUGUAGCCGCCAUGCACAUAUUUAAAACCUCUUUUGAGAUCAUUAGAAAAAGCUGGAAGUAUUAAAAAGUCUGCCACAGAAUCAGUUUUAAGCUAACUCACUAACAUUAGCCUAAUUAUAUGGCUAACGAUGCACCUAGAAAUGAGAAACCAGCUUUAGUCUACCUCUGUCUGUGAAAUCAAGGACCCAUUAUUUGAAAAUUAGCCAGAAUUUUGGGCUGUAAAGCUGCCACCACUGUCACUAUCAACUGCACGUAGAACGUACCAAAAUGGAAGCUUGACAGGACUAGCAACAGUAACUCAGGGGGGUGGGGUUUAGUGCACGGUCAAUCAACCUGAAUUGUAAAAACAAAACAAAAAAAAAAGUAAAAUUACAAAAUCCUAUUCAGGUUGAUACACUAUAUUUAUUUAUCAUUUGUACUGAAUAUUUGUUUAUUUGAAUGCUCAUCUGAGUUGUAUGUUUACUACUGUCAGAUUUUAACUCUUUUUACCUCUCGGUGCAGUGUUUGCAUCGGCCCGUCGUGCAUGGGACAGCAAAUGCAAUCACAGAUCAGUUUUGGACGACGGAUGUUGUUUCAUCACGAACUGAUGUUACUAAAAUGUAAAACAAAUAUCUGGGAAUGCAGGGAUGCUGACAUCAGGGGAUAUGUGUAUUAUUGCCAAUAUAAAGGUAAGAUUAAACUUCAUAUUGCAACUGCUGAACAAUAAAUUGUUUGAAAACACAA